UCGUUCUUCCUUUUUUCUCCCCUAUAUAUAACCUCACUACUCUCCUCCCUCUUGUCCUCAAAUCACAUUCAUCUCUUCCUAUUUCUCUCUCUCUCAAAAUCUCUUUCUAACUCUCUCAAAUUAUUCAAAACAAAACAAUUCUAUCAAAAUAAAAAACUUAAUAUGGAAAGCAAUCUACCUGUGAUAUCAAAGAAAGUGUGGAAUAUGGUACGUGUGGCUUUCUACAUGUUGAAAAAAGGCAUAUUAAAGAGAAAACUAAUGAUGGACCUAAACAUGAUGCUCAAACGCCGCGGAAAACUAGCCGGAAAGGCCAUUGUAAAUCUAAUGUUCCAUCACCACCACAAACACGGCGGCUCCACCUCAAGCCGACGAUCCCACGACUCACACCACCAAUUCAUCACCUCACGAGAGUAUGAAUUCAGCUGCAGCAACACUCCCAACCACUUCUUCUCAAUAGGGAAGCGUCAUCACAGCCACAAUCACAAGCACAAUGCUCAAACACGACUUACACACGACGAUGAGGUGACGACUAUGAAUGCAGUGAAGGCAGUAUUGGAGAUGCUUAACAACGAUCAAGCGAUUGUAGAAGCGUCUCCAGCACUGCCCGGAUUCGGAAGUAGCCCAAUGGUGAGGCAAUUGAGGGUGACAGACUCACCUUUCCCUUUAAGAGACGAUGAUGAGAAGGACAAUCAGGUUGAUAAAGCAGCAGAAGAUUUCAUAAAAAGGUUUUACAGUCAAUUGAGGAAGCAAGAUUGAUUGUUUAAUAUUAAUCUAUUUUAGUUAAUAAAAAGUUUGUAAUGUUUGCUGUGAAUGUUAAGUAACCAUAUUUUAGUUAAUAAAAAUCUUUCCGAGGUACCCUUAGUACUAAAAAAAGAAUUUCAAUAAAUGCUUUCAAGUUAGGAUAUACCCUCCUCGGCCAUAAGCACCUUGCUGAAUUUUGGGUUUAAUAUUAAACACUUUUGUUUCUUUACUUCUA